AUGCGAUUCGGAAAUUUUCUUUUCUUUUAUACAUUUUGCGGCGCUCUCGCCCUGCCCCCACCGGUCUCGAACCCUCAAACGGUGUCCAACCCUGCACCGGUCUCCAACACCCCAUAUGUCCCGAGGGGCGGGUUGCUCGCCCAGACAGACGUCGUUCGCACGCCUCAGGAUUUCCAAAGCUGUGUCAACACUAUACUUGUUUUGGGACACUCGUCGAUAGACAUGACUGGGGAUGAGUGGCUCAAGAGCCGUAUGAAGGCAGAACUGCUCAAGGCUGCCCAAGAGGAGUGUCGCGAGGAAUUCCCGGACACUGCCCCUCCGACAUCAUCCAUGCGGUACCCCGACGUCAAGGCUCUCAUGCCAGCCGUGAUCCAUAAGCCUAAGGACUUUGAAAGCUGUGUCAGGAAUGUGAGGGUUUUGAUGUCUUCGUCAACGAAACUAGUUCCACGGCACCUCCGUGCACAUUACAAACAGGUACUGGAACAUGUGAUUCGCAGGGACUGCCCCAGCCCAGGAAGGGCCGCCAAUGCUACCGAUGGUGAGAGACAAUUCCGACAUGGGAUGGUCUCGUGGCAGCAAGCUUCUUGCUCGUUGUGCGGCGUCGAUCAGCUGGGCUCGAAUCGAACCGAGAGGGAAUAG